UUUGUCUGCAAUUCUCGAGAUCUUUGCGAACGGUUGGCCUGCCGAGCAGUUUUCUUCGACCAGUUUAAGCUGAGAAAGCUCUCCUAGCUCUACUACGUUAAUAUUCGAGCUUUGCGUGUAAAAUUUGAAGUUUAAUGUGUAGAAAUCGCUUUAUGGUUUAAGGUAAAUACGUGAACUUAGAAAUAAUACAUGCAGAACGUUGAAUAUAAAUAACAGCCAAGGGAAAAUCCAUCAAGUCAACUUGUCGUGAAUAUACGCUCUCGGCAAAAGAAGGUUGAAUAUUUUCUGUUUCUUCAAGCGAACAGGCAUCGCUCAAACUGCGGUUAAAAAAUGGAGAGUUGCAUGUCUUUUCUUCAGCCUUUGAACCAAGUUCUGAUGACAAAAUGCCUCGGGAGAGACAAGAAAAAAACAGUGGACAAAACACCAUUAAAACAGAAGAUUUGCUACGGUGUAGGUCAUGUAUUCAAUGACUUGUGUAUCCAAGCAUGGUUUAGCUAUAUUAUUAUAUACUUUACCAAAGUCAUCAAACUCAGUUCAACGAACGUUGGCUACAUUUUCCUUAUUUCACAAAUCGCCGAUGCUAUCUCAACACCGUUCAUUGGAUACGCCUGCGAUAAACAAAUUUCUAAAAGAGUUGGAGAACGAUAUGGCAAUAGAAAGAUYUGGCAUUUAUUUGGUAGUGCYGGAAUGGCUCUCGUUUGGCCAUUUCUUUAUUCGCGAUGUCUUUUAUGCGAUGAAGGAGUUGAAGAAUGGGUUAUUGUAACCUAUUAUGGAGUACUGACUGCUUUAUUUAGUUUUUUCUGGCCGAUGGUGGAAAUUAGUCAUUUGUCUCUAAUGCCCCAUGUAGCAAGAAGAGCUAAAGACGCCCUUGAACUUGGCGCUAUAAGGUCUGCGCUCAAACUAGGAUGUGGUGUUUAUAUCUAUGUUAUAACGUGGAUAUUAUUAGGACAAGACAGUAGUGAAAAAAUAGACGAAACAGUACAAAAGCCUUUUACGUAUCAGACGAUUAUCGUUAUCAUCACCGGGGGUCUAUUCGCUAUARUAUUUCACUGGGGUGUCGACGAGGUCGGUCGAAAUCGUCCGCUAGGAAAAAGAGAACAAGUGUCGAUACGAGAGAAGCCAUCACAACCAUCAACAUCAAACGAUCCAGAAAAGAGAGCUCUACAGGAGGACGAACAACAUCUUGAAAUUGUCACAUUAGACCCCGGUACAUCUCCAAAAACCUGGAGACAAUGGCUAAAAACACCAGAUUUAUAUUUGAUGAUGUUAAUAUACAUGACCACACAAAACGUUCUUAACCUGGUUCAGUCAUACUUUCCUUUGUAUCUAACACAAGCUAUGCAGUUUCCCAAGGAAGCUAUCGCAUACUUCCCUCUCAUCGUCCUCGUCUGUGGUAUCAUUGCUAGUUUUACAGUUAAAUAUUUAAACAGAAAAUUCUCGAAUAGAGUUUUAUAUUGUUCYGCUUGUAUUUUGACGAUUGGUUCUGCCGCUUGGUUCUUUUUUACGCCUAUGGAAACAAGAAACGCUAUUUAUGCGCCCACUGUCAUUAUGGGAUGCGGUAUGUCCGUUAUGGUUGUGACAUCGCUUGCUUUGGUAGCUGACCUGAUCGGUGACGAUAAGCAUUCAAGUGGAAUGAUUUACUCUGCAAUGGCUUUUGUUGACAAGUUAUCACUUGGUCUUAUUAUCUUGGGUUUACAAGAAACCUACCCUAAAGGACAAGAGGAUAACUUAGAUUGCCUGGAAUGUAGUGAUCACGUGAGACUCUCAUUUUCUGUCAUCCCUGGAAUCGAGGCUCUUAUAGGAUUUGUUCUUGUGGCGUUUUUCUUUCAACGAAGACCUUUCGAAAGACUGAUGAAAAAGAACAAACAAAGCACUGAUACAAAAUACAGUCCUCCUACAAUUCAACAACGCGAUGAUCAACCACUUUGUGACGAAUCACACCUUCGCAAACUUGAAGCUUUAAAAUCAACAGACGUUUGACGCAAGAAUUGGGGGAGAAAGUCAGAAUGAACACAAUCCGUCUUACACUAUGUUGCGUUACAUUGUGGCAACUAUGUUGCGUUUACGUAACAUUGUGUCUGCCGGCCGUCGUCUCUGAUAUGAUUUACCUUUCGUUACUCGCCGCGUUAUGGUAGCGUUGAUAACUUACGUUGCGUUAAUGGCUGCAUUACGUUUCUCACGAUACGUUGUAUUACGCUAUACGACUUUGUACGUUACUACUUACGUUUCGUCACUAUACUAGUAGCAUUACGUUGCCACUAUACCUGACAUUUAACAACCAUUUUACUUGGGGCUCAAUAAGGGACUACUAGACUGAUCUUUAGCUGGUUAUAUCAAUGACAUUGUUUUAUUGACACAAUCACACCUUUCUCAUGCGGUUGUCACUAUUUUAUACUUUAAAUUCUUGCUACAACAAAAAUGAUAAUAAUUAAACUUUUAAGUUUAAGACAUUUAAAAAUGUCUUCAUCAGACUAAAUUACAUAAUAUUGGACGAACAAUUGUUAUUUGAACUGGUCCGCUAUGUGCCUUCAGACCAAGAAUAGUAACAAUUAAAAUAGAAUCCUUUUCUAAUUGUACUUUUUGUAGCCGCAAAGGAUAAUGGGGGAUUAGACAUUMGUGACGCCAUAUUGGAUUUUUCAUUCUCUUUUUCAGACAAUUUUUUAUAAAUACAAUUGAUAGAGUAGAGAUAUAGAUAUCCAAAGGUAUUAAUUGAAUAGAAAAUUCUACACUUUUAAAGUUGUUAUCUUUAGACGGGAUUAAUAAAUAAUAGUAUUAMAAUAAUUAAGCCAUUAGUAAAUUACAACAUCAAAACCACGAUUCCUCGUAAGCCUAGUGCGCUUUUCGGUAUAAUUGUAUUAGUUUUCGCGCUAAAAACAAAUCCACCAUUAAAACGUCUAGGUGUUUGCAAGACCUACGUUACCACAUUUGAAACAUUCACUAAAACAAUUAUUUCAGAAAAAUAUCGCUUGAUUGUUAUUUAAGAAAACAAUUUUACUACAGACUGUAUAACGUUAUAGGAACUAUCAAAAUAGUAUAUUCUUAUUGAUAAGAAUUUAUUCUAAUAUAAAAAUAAUAAAUAUUUUGGAAAGUUG